CAUCUAUGGUUGGUUUCUGGAGCCUGUCAAUUGGCACUCCUCGUUCUGCGAUUGGCCGGUGGUCUGGAAGCGCGCUUGGGCUCCCUCCGUGGUGUGUAUCCCUUGGGCGCUGGGAUCUUCACCAGUCAAGGAGAAAGCUGUUAGAAGUGUCAACUUGGUGACCAGCCUGCUCCCCCAUGGAGGACAGAGAUCCAUCUGAUCUUGCUGAGGACCAGAGGUGCCUGUCUAGGAGUCCCCCUGCACAGGAGGGCUCAAUUGCCCAGGCCACUUCUGAGCCCAACAAACUGCUCUGUGUAGCCCACAGACAUCUGAGCCGGAAGAAUGGGCUAUCCAGACUCUGCCAGAGCAGGAUGGCGCUGUCUGAAGACAGGUGGAGCUCCUACUGCCUCUCAUCACUGGCUGCCCAAAACAUCUGCACGAGCAAACUUCACUGCUCUGCCACACCUGAGCACACUGACCCAGCAGGGCCCCUAGGCAGCACCUCUUGCUGCUCCCUGCUACGCAGCCUGGCUUCGGGGUGCUCUGCACCACUGCUCUCAGCCCCAGUGUGCAACCCCAACAAAGCUGUCUUCACGGUGGAUGCUAAGACCACAGAGAUCCUGGUUGCCAAUGACAAAGCUUGCAGCCUCCUGGGGUACAGCAGCCAUGACCUAAUUGGCCAGAAACUCGCACAGUUCUUCCUAAAGUCAGAUUCUGAAGUGGUGGAAGCCCUUAGUGAGGAACACGUGGAAGCUGAUGGCCAUGCUAUGGUGGUGUUUGGCACAGUGGUGGAUAUUGUCACCUGCAGUGGGGAGAAGAUCCCAGUCUCAGUGUGGAUGAAGAGGAUGCAGCAAGAGCACAGCCGGUGCUGUGUGGUGGUCCUGGAGCCUGUGGAGAGGGUCUCAGCCUGGGUCAACUUCCAGAGUGAUGGAACCAUCACUUCAUGUGAUGGUCUGUUUGCUCAUCUCCACGGGUUUACAUCUGCAGAGGACAUUGUUGGACAGUAUAUCACAGACUGGAUCCCAUCCAUACAACUCCCCCCUCCUGGCCAGCCCAUCCCAAAGAGUCUCAAGAUUCAAAGGUCUGUUGGGAGAGCCAGAGAUGGCACCACCUUCCCUCUGAGUCUAAAGCUGAAAUCCAAGCCCAGUGGAGAGGCAGUGGCGGAUGGCAUGGCAGUCCCUGAGCUGGGUUACCAGGCAUCUGUGUGGGUGUUCUGCACCAUCAGUGGCCUCAUCACUCUUCUGCCUGACGGCACUAUCUACGGCGUCAACCACAGCUUCGCACUGAUGCUAUUUGGUUAUGGGAAGACUGAGCUCCUGGGCAAGAACAUCACUUUUCUCAUUCCUGGUUUUUACCACUAUAUGGACCUUGCAUAUGACAGUUCUGUACAGCUACCAGACCUGGCCAACUCCCUCUCCAUUGGCAGUGAGAGUGGACCUGGCGAGACAAGCUUGGAUGCUCAGCAGGACUGGGACCUGGCCAGUGGGACCCAGGAUUUGAAGGUUGAUGUGCAGGCCCGUGACCUCAUGUUGUCUCAAGAUGAAACCCUGAAGCUGGUGGGAAGACAAGAAGUCUUUUCUGGGACUCAGACACAGCCAAAAACUAGGUGUCUGCUCUCUUCUUUUCACAUAUCUCAGCCCUCCCUAAGGGUGGAUAGUAUCUCAGAGAGAAGCCCCCCAGUGCACAAUGAGCAGUCCUUGUCCACGGACCAGCAAAAUACCCCGGAGGAAAGUCUACCAACCCAUGGUGGUCGGUUACUGUCUAAGAACCAGCCAGACACUCCUAAAGGCAACUUGCCAGUCCCAAACGAAGAGUUAUUGUCUGAGAACCAGGAAAAUAUCUCAGAAGAAAGCUCACCAACCCACAGAGGAUGGUUGCUCAAGGGCCAGAGAGACACCAAGGAAGAAAGCCCACCAGCCCACAACAAACAGCCAUUGCUAACAGACCAGCACAUCAGUCUCUUGGAGAAGGAGGAUCCUGUAGUAGCAGAAAACUCCAGGCAGGCUCUCUUAGGAGAAAGCACAUCGGAAACAAUGGAUUUUGCUUCACUUGAGGCCUCUGAGCCUCUGGCCCCAGCUGAGGAUAAGAGCAGCAGCAUGGGCGCUUGUACCCUGCAUCAAGAUGCUCAGCUGAAAUUGAUGGGUGUCAGCAGUCCUAACCCCUGGGCUGAUGUCGCCAUACCUGAGCCCCAAACCACAGGGCAGCUAGCAGGCGGGGGACUCUUAACACACUGUCCUCAUUACAGGAGUGAGUGGAUCUUGCAAAAGCGAAGUGAGGGCUUGGCCCCCAGUUCCUCUGGAAUGGGAUGUGUCUUUCUUGGAACACCCACUCUAGAUGAGCCAUGGUCAGGAGUGAGAAAUGACCGAGAAGAACUGCAAACCUGCUUGAUUAAGGAGCAGCUGUCUAAGUCAAGCUUUGCGGGAACUCUGGGUAUCUCCUAUAUGGAGCUUGUCCCAGCAGAGCACCCACCAUUCACUACUCCUGUGUCCUUCUGUGAUCUGGGAGGCAGAGACCUGCAUGGCAGCCAUUCAGGCAGCUCCUCAGCCUGUUAUGCCUUGGCCACUGACCUCCCUGGUGUCGAGGCAGUGGAGGCCCAGGAGGCCGACAUGAGUUCUUUCUCAUGGGACCUCAGGGAACUAUUUCUCAAUGACCGGGCAGACCAAACUUCAUCAAAUUGUUCCUGUGCCACAUCUGAACUUGGCGGCACACCUUCUCCUUCGAUGGUGGGCUCUGAUUUAGAUGUAGGUGGUCUCCACAGGCAGAGUUCAGAUAUUCUAGGUGACCGAGAACUGUUGCUUCUGACUGGCACCUAUUCUGACCUCGGCAAAGGCCAACAGUGCCAGGAAAGUUGUGCAGAACAUGAUCGAGUAGAACCAUCUGAGAUUUCUUUGGUGUCCUCUGAAUGCUAUGAAGCUAGUGACUUAGAAAGCCCAGGCUGUGAGCUACCCACACCAGACAGUGGCCCCAAGGAUAUGCACCCAUCAGCAGAGGAGCCCAGGCUGAAUGCCCAGGUCACUUCAACCCCUGUGAACCUUGGGGCUGCUAGCCUAAAGCGGGAGAUUCAAGAGGGGACCUACUCGGGAAGCUGCUACCACCGAGAUGGCUUGCGGCUGAGUGUACAGUUUGAAGUGAAGCGGGUGGAGCUUCAGGGCUCUGCAACCCUGUUCUGCUGCUGGCUGGUAAAGGACCUACUGCACAGCCACCGAGACUCAGCCACGAGGACUCGCCUGCUUCUUGCCAGUCUGCCCAGCUCCACUCACUCAAUGCCUGAGCUUUGUGGGUCCAGCCUUGGGGAGAUGCUCAGAGCCAAGCCCUGGUUUGAGGAUCCCCUGACAUCUGCAGAGCUGGAGGGGCUGGCAGCCUAUGAGGGCGAGUACUCCCGUAAGUACAGCACUCUUAGCCCACUUGGCAGUGGGGCCUUUGGCUUUGUGUGGACUGCAGUGGAAAAGGAGAAAAACAAGGAGGUGGUGGUAAAGUUUAUUAAGAAGGAGAAAAUUUUGGAGGAUUGUUGGAUUGAGGACCCCAAACUUGGAAAAGUUACUUUAGAGAUUGCAAUUCUCUCCAAGAUGGAGCACCCAAAUAUCAUUAAGGUACUGGAUAUAUUUGAAAACCAAGGGUUCUUCCAGCUUGUGAUGGAGAAGCAUGGCUCUGGCCUGGACCUCUUUGCCUUCAUUGACCACCAUCCCAACCUGGAUGAGCCCCUGGCAAGCUACAUCUUUCGACAACUGGUGUCAGCGGUGAGAUACCUGCGCUCUAAAGGCAUCAUUCAUAGGGACAUCAAGGAUGAAAACAUUGUGAUCGCUGAGGACUUCACUAUUAAAUUGAUAGAUUUUGGCUCAGCUGCUUACUUGGAAAGGGGAAAAUUAUUUUAUACUUUCUGUGGAACAAUUGAGUACUGUGCACCGGAAGUUCUCAUGGGAAAUCCCUACAGAGGACCAGAGUUGGAGAUGUGGUCCUUGGGUGUCACACUGUAUACACUGAUCUUUGAGGAAAAUCCCUUCUGUGAGGUGGAGGAGACCAUGGAGGCCGUCAUACAUCCCCCGUACACGGUGUCCCAAGAACUCAUGAGCCUUGUAUCUGGGCUACUGCAGCCUGCCCCUGAUCAGCGAACCACCUUGGAGAAGCUAAUUGUAGACCCUUGGGUGACACAGCCUGUGAACCUUGCUGACUACACCUGGGAAGAAGUGUACCAGAUCAAGCCAGAAAAUGGCCUGCUGUCAGCUGCAAGUGUGGAGUUUGGGAGCAGGAGUCCAAGCGAAGUUGCUCUGGUGCAGGUGCUUCAGGGGCCUCCUGUCCCUGGUGAAUCUGCUGUCAGCCAGCAUAGCUUGCAUCCUGAGGACCCUUCUCUGCCAGUCAGUUAAACACAAGCUUCCUCCUGCUCUUUCCACUCUGUUUUGGAAAAUCAUACGGAUUUCAGGGCUUUCCACCUGGAGAAAGAAAAUUCUCAAGAAUUGGGAUGAAUUCCCCUUAUAAAAGCCUAUAUGCAAGUUUGAUAACUACUAGAAUGAAAAGUGAUACUGUAUUUUUUAAAUUUUAUAAAAUAUACUUGUAAUUCAUGUUUGUUUUUUUAUGGCCUUGGAAAAGCAUUCUGUUGUUUACUUUGUACUAUUAAAGAUCUUUGAUUUGGGA